AUGUACGACAAGGUGGUCUCUCUGGGCUCGCGCCUGCACUACCCCAUCACCAUCACCAAGCUGCUCAAGGCGUCGGGCGAUUCCGUCAAGAAGCAGGAGACAAUCAUGGAGUACAAGUUCACCUGGCGACGCAAGAUUGGCGACGAUGAAUGGGUCGACGAGACCACGUAUACCGAGUUCGACAGCCCUGCCGAGGGCACUCUGAAAGAAUGGCGCAUCAAGGAGGGGCAGACGAUUGCCGCCGACAUGCCGUGCAUGAUGGUCGAGGAAGCCUGCGGACACGAGGUGCAAAUUCAGGGCCUGUGUAGUGUCUGCGGCGCUGACAUGACCGAGGUCAACUGGGCCACCGAGGAACGAGACACCGACCGGGCCAUGAUCAACAUGACGCAUGACCAGACCGGCCUGAUGGUGAGCAAAAACGUUGCGAAAAGGGCCGAGCACGACACACAGAAGCGCCUGCUGCGCCAGCGGAAGCUCAGUCUGGUGGUCGACUUGGACCAGACCAUUAUCCAUGCGUGCAUAGAGCCAACUAUUGGAGAGUGGCAGCGUGAUCCGACAAACCCCAACCACGAGGCCGUCAAGGAUGUCAAGAGCUUCCAGCUCAACGAUGACGGCCCCAGAGGUUUGGCCAGCGGCUGUACCUACUACAUCAAGCUACGGCCGGGCCUCCAGGAGUUUCUCGAAGCUAUUUCUACCAAGUACGAACUGCACGUGUAUACCAUGGGAACCCGCGCGUACGCUCUCAACAUUGCGCGGAUCGUCGACCCGGACAGGAAGCUCUUUGGCAAUCGCGUCAUCAGCCGUGACGAGAACGGAAGCAUUACGGCAAAGAGUUUGCAGAGACUGUUCCCCGUCAGCACGGACAUGGUCGUCAUCAUUGACGAUCGCGCGGAUGUCUGGCCCAUGAACCGGCCAAACCUGAUCAAGGUCGUGCCGUAUGAUUUCUUCAAGGGAAUUGGAGAUAUCAACUCGAGUUUCUUGCCCAAGCGACAAGAUAUUCUACCUGCUCCUGGAAAGUUGAACGGCGUAGUUCCCAACCCCAGUGCCGAAAACGCUCCGAGCGAAAAGGCCUCACCACUCGAUGAGCUAGCUCGGAUGGGUGGCGACGAGGCCAGCUUAAAGGUUCAGACGGAGGAGCAGGAGAAGACACUAGAGAAGCAACUGACUGAUCGCCCAUUGCUGCACAUGCAGGAGGAGUUGGACAAGGAGGACGGGCGACAAGACUCCGGAGGUGGGGCAUCUUCGACCUUUCACCACAGACAGCAUCUAUUAAGCGACGAUGACGAGGAGCUUGUUACCUUGCAAGAUCAUCUUACGGACCUCCACGCUGCUUUUUACGACAUGUACGAUAGGAAACGGGAAGAGAGGAAAAAAUCAGAGCCCACCCACCCGCCUGGGCAUACCAAAGCGCGGAGAAAAUCCCAUCCUGACGACGGCGUGGAUCUGUCCUUUGUUCCUCCCGUGGGAGAUAUUCUGGACGAGCUUAAAUCCAGCGUUCUUUCGGGCCUCGUCAUAUGUCUAUCUGGUCUUGUGCCGCUGGGGGUGAAUAUUGAGGAGUCUGAAAUUGGAAUGCAUGCACAAAGCUUUGGAGCCCAGGUCGUGGAUAGCGUCUCUCCCCGGGUCACACACCUUGUAGUUUCUCUGGCGCGACCGAGGACCAAGAAGGUGCAGCAAGCGGCAAAGAUUCCCAGUAUCAAGAUUGUAAACCAGAGUUGGCUGGCGGAUUGUCUCAGCCAAUGGCGGAGGCUAGACGAAAGCCCAUACUACAUGGCCAUUCUUGAUGCCGACCGUGAGAGGUCAGAGGACACUGCAGAAACCAGUGCGGCCGAGCUGGAAGACGCUGGCGUCUCCAUCAACAUGGGGGAUUUCGAUGAAGAACUUAAAGAGUUUUUGGGUCUAGAUGACGACGAGGACGACGAGGACGAAGACGAGGGAGAUGAAGAAGCGGACGAGGACGAAGAUGGAGGGAAUGAUAGCGAAACAACGGACGGCGAGGGGGACGAGACCGAUGACCCAGGAAGAAGAGGCACAAAACGCAAGACCAGAGCAUCUACCAUUGAGUCUGACGGAGACGGAUCAAGCGUGAUUGGAGAGAGUGCGCUGGCAAAGAAGCAGCGGGUGUCCCGGAGUAGAGGAGCCUCCGCAUUGCGAGCCGUACAGACGCCAAAUGGUGAAAGCGAUGAACCUGCGCCUCGAAGCACCGAAAUCGACAAUUUCGACGAGCUAGAGCGGGAGCUGCUGGCGGGGCUUGAGGCGGCUGGCGAUUAG